AUGGCGGCCGAUGGGUACCGCUGCCGGGAGAGCCGCUUCAUCGCCAGCGGGCAGUCGGUGGUGCCCAGCUCGGCUCUGUUCGCCGCCGGCCUGCUGGGCAACGUGCUGGCUUUGCUCCUCUUGGGGCAGCACCGACGGCGCUCCCGCUCCGCCGCCGGCCGCGCUCCGCGGGUCUCCGCCUUCUACGUGCUGGUGAGCGGGCUGGCGGUGACCGACCUGCUGGGCAAGUGCCUGCUCAGCCCCAUCGUGCUGGCCGCCUACGCCUACAACCGCAGCCUGAGCGAGCUGGGAGCGGGCGGCCGCGGGGAAAGCGAGCCGGGAGCGCUGUGCCAACUCUUCGCCUUCCUGAUGGCGUUCUUCGGGCUGGCCCCCACCGUGCUGCUGCUGGCCAUGGCCACCGAGUGCUGGCUGUCGCUGGGCCACCCGUACUUCUACCGGCGGCACGUCACCCGGCGCCGGGGAGCGAUGCUGUGCGCGCUGGGCGCGACUCUGUGCGCCCUGUUCUGCGCGCUGCCGCUGCUGGGCUUCGGCGCUCCCAUGCAGUACUGCCCCGGGACGUGGUGCUUCAUCCGCAUGGCGGGCGGCGGGCCGAGCCAGCUCGGCUUCCCCGUGCUGUACGCCAGCGUGCUGGGCGUGCUGGUGUUGGCCAUCGCGGCUUGCAACGUGUGCAGCAUGCGGCAGCUGUACGGCAUGGCCCGCAGGCAGCCCCGGCGCGGAGCGCAGCCCCCCGGCCCGGCAGCGCCGCGCAUGGAGGAGCUCGACCACCUGGUGCUGCUGGGGCUCAUGACCGCUCUCUUCACCGUCUGCUCGCUGCCGCUCAUCGUCCGUGCCUACAUGGGGGCGUUCGCCGCCGACUUCAACGAGGACGCCGACCUCAGCGCUCUGCGCUUCCUCUCCGUCAACUCCAUCGUGGACCCGUGGGUCUUCAUCAUCUUCCGCACCUCCGUCUUCCGCCUCUUCGUGCGCCGCCUGUGCCGCCGCCUGGGCUCCCGCCGGGCCACGCUGAAGAGCACGGGGCCGGGGGGGGACGGGCAGUUCUGUCCCCAGGGAUGGCGUGGACCAGGCACCCCGCAGCUCGUCUUCCCCUGAGUGCAGUGCUGGAGGAGCUGGGGGAGCCAGGAGCGAGCCGUCGGCCUCGGGGACUCAGGGGUGACGGCGCCCGGAUGGCGACGGAGAGCGGGCGGCGCUGUGCCGCAUCCCCGGGAUAGGAACCCUGAGGGGUGCCUGGAGAACUGUGAAUGCUGCCGUGCAGCGGCGCUUUGCGAGGUGUGGGCAGCACCCGGCGCUGGGGAAGCGUAGGGGUCGUUGGCGUGUGGCUUCGGGGCGGUGCUGUGCCGAGGGGCAGUGCCGUGGGGACGUGCUGGGAGGAGGGAUGUGUGCCACCCCGUGCGGAAUAAAGUGGUUUG